AUGUGGAAUUGGAGGUGUCGGGUAUUUUGUUCUCUCACACGAGCUCUCAUAGAUACUGACAAAAGUUUCAGGAAAUCUCAGAUCGCCAUCGAGUACGCUUACCGGUUUCGGCAGUCUCGACCGCAGAGUCAUGUCUUCUGGGUGUACGCCGCCAGCUCUGGUACAAUUUUGCAGGCCUGUCAUGAGAUUGCGCGUAGCCUGCAACUUCCUACGUACGAAGAUCCGAAGUCCGAUCCAUGUGAGCUGGUCUCCAGAUGGCUCAAAGAGGACGACCGUACGUGGCUCCUGAUAUUGGAUAAUGCGGACGAUGCAGAUGUCAUUUUCGCUUCGACUGAAUUUCAUGCAUCACCUGCUACUGUUACGCAAAUUCAUCGACCCUUGAUCGACUAUCUUCCUAGCAUUUUGAAUCCUCAGAAGUCAUUGCUUGUUACGACAAGAGACAAACGUGUUGGUCAGGACCUUGCCUAUGGAGAACUGUGUGUGGAAGUGCCGCCAUUUUCAUGUCAAGAGGCGAGAGCCCUGUUGCGAUCGAAAGUGAAAGGAGCGGCGGACUUUUUCGACGUGUCCAGUACAGAAAGGCUGCUGGAAGUUUUGGGACAUAUUCCACUAGCCAUCACGCAAGCUGUAGCUUUCAUCAAUCACAAUGGGAUGACUGUCGAAAGCUAUCUAACAGCCCUUGAAACAGAUAAGCAGGACCUAACGGAGUUUCUGAGUCAUGAGCUUCAAGAUCAUCGGAGGCAGCGUGGUUUUCCCAAUUCCGUCUUUCGAACAUGGAAGUUUUCUUUCGAUCAGAUCCUGACACAAGAGCCUCAGGCGGCGAAGUUGCUGUCCCUCGUAGCGAUGCUUGAUCCACGACGGAUCCCGGAAAAGCUAGUACGACGGUCAAUUGGGAGAGAGUUGGACUUCAGGACUGCCAUUGGUACGCUGAACGGAUUCGCUUUGAUUACUGCAGAGAUUGGGGGAGAGAUAUACGCCAUACACCCACUUGUGCAAGCAUCGGUGCACUAUUGGCUCGAGCAGAGGAACGAGAAAGCGAACUACGUAAGUCAAGCGUUAGAGCUGUUAGCAAAGGAGUUUCCGCAGGGUAAAUAUGAAAACAAAGAGACGUGUGAAUCAUUGUUGGCGCAUGCUCAGGCGGUGUUGAAUUGGGACUACGUAUCAAAGGAUGAUGAUCAGAGAUACCGCGCCGCUCUUCUAUACAAUGUUGCGACCUUUCAUGGUGCGCAGGGUAGAUUUGGCUUUGCGUAUCAAGAAGUCUCCAAAGCACACAAUAUUGUUCAAAAACAACUGGGGGAAGAUGCGCCUGGCACUCUGCAUAGUCUGUCUUUACUUGCAACAACCCUUCGCGGUCAAGGAGAAUAUAAAAAAGCCGAGGAUAUGAGCCGACGAGUGCUGGAAGGUUUUGAGAAGGUGCUGGGAGUUGAGCAUCCCAGCACAUUGUUCAGUGUCAAUAAUUUGGCAUUAGUGCUUCGACAACAAGGAAAGUAUAAGAUGGCCGAGGAAAUGAGCCGACGAGCGCUGGAAGGAAUGGAGAAGGUGCUGGGACUCGAGCAUCCCUACACAUUAAGCAGUGUCCACGAUUUGGUACCCGUGCUCUCUGUAAAGAAAGAUCAUAAGGCGGCCGAGCAGAUGAGUCGACGAGCGUUGGAAGGAGGUGGACGAGCAUCCCUACACAUUAAGCAGUGUCCACAAUUUAUCAGUAGUGCUUCUUAG